GACUGCGCUCUGUGUAUUUCCUUUUUUUUUGCUUCGUCAGAAACACCAUUAACAAUUUACACCAAUUACAAUUGACACAAAGAGCAGGAGCGAGAAAAGUCGUUAUUUAUUGAUUAAUUGGAGGUUUUUCGCUAUAAAAAUGGCAGGAAACUUUUGGCAAAGUUCUCAUUGUCAGCAAUGGAUUCUUGAUAAACAAGUCCUGAUGAAGGAUCGCCAGACAGAUUUACAGAUCCUAACAGAAGAGGAGUACCAAAAAGUCAUGAUCUUCUAUGCAGGAGUUAUUCAAGCACUUGGAGAACAGCUCAAAGUUCGUCAACAGGUAGUCAGCACUGCAACCAUCUAUUUCAAAAGAUUUUAUUCCAAGAACAACCUCAAGAGUAUAGAUCCACUUCUAAUGUCACCAACCUGUUUAUUUUUAGCAUCCAAAGUUGAGGAGUUUGGCCCUCUGAUCAAUAGCAGAUUGAUAAGUGCCUGUCAGUCAGUAGUGAAAAAGCUGCCAUAUGCCUUCUCUGGACAAGAAUUUCCAUACACAAUAAAAUUGAUCCUUGAAUGUGAAUUUUACCUCCUGGAAAUCAUGGAUUGUUGUUUGAUAGUGUAUCACCCAUACAGGCCUCUUAUACAAUACGCAUCUGAUCUUGGACAAGAAGAUCAGCUCCUACCUCUCGCUUGGCAUAUAAUCAAUGACAGUCUUCGAACAGAUGUUUGUUUGCUAUAUCCACCAUAUUUAAUUGCUUUAGCUUCCCUCCAUAUGGCGUGUGUGAUAUCCCAGAAUGAUCAUACCAAGAUUUGGUUUGCUGAUCUCAAUGUGGAUCUAGACAAGAUUCUUGAAAUUACACAACAAAUUCUCAAACUGUAUGAUCUAUGGGAAAACUACGAUGAGAAGAAAGAGAUCGCCAGCGUGCUCGCCAAAGUUCCGAAACCUCAGCCCAUCCCACCCCCCACAGCAUCCGCUGCAACGUCAGACAGCUAAUCCUCAGGAAAAGGAAGAGUGUAGAGGGACAUGGAUAUGGUCGAUGCUUGGUUUUAUGGACAUUAAAAAAGCAGAGAGAGAUUGCCAGCUUGUUAGCCAAAGUUCCAAAACCUCAGCCCAUCCCAUCCUCCCUCCCUUUUUAGCUUCUGCUGCAAUGUCAGGCUGCUAAUCCUCAGGAAAAGGAGCCGUGUGGAAGGACAGUGGUUGAUACUAUGAUUUUAUUAGGUGCAUGGGAAGAACAGAGAUUUGUGCCAGUCAAACUUCUGAAACCUCAGCCCAUUCUACGCCCUCAGCAUCCGCUGCAAAGUCGGACAGCAAAUCCUCAGGAAAUGGAGCAGUUUUGAAGGACAGUGGUCGGUGCUUUGUUUUAGGUUCAUUGGGAAAACAUAGAUUGUCAGAUUGCUAGCAAAGUUCAGAAACCUCAGCCCAUCCCAUCCUCCCCCGUCAGCCUCUGCUGCAAUGUCAGGCAAUCCUCAGGAAAGGGAGCAGUGUACAGGGACAUGAUUGAUGAUGGUUUUAUGGACAGAUGCCGUGUGAUUAAUGAACUUUUAGAUCGAAUGAUGUUAUGGUUUGUUGACCUAUAGAAGUGAAAGUAAACAUUACUUAGUAAGACACUGUCCAGUGAACAUAGUCAAGAGGGAAGGGACAUAUAUCAGGAUAUUAAAGCGUUCCUUCAAGUCCAUACAUUAUUAUAUUUCUGUUAUAUCUGUAUCAUGGGUACUUUAUUUGUCUAUCAUUACAUAGUCAGAAACUGCCCAGUGAUUUAGAUAAGCAUUACUUCAAGCUAUUCACUUACAGUUUUGGCUCCACAAUAUGGUUACUUAGUGAUAUGCAUGUAGAUCAUUUUGUCCUUUAUACUUAAUACUUACUUUCAAGCAAUGAUAAGGAAAGUUGGUGAUGUCACUUAAUUGGAUAACCGAAGCCUAAUUUAUAUUUGAGUAUUUGACUCUAAGAACAACCCAAGUUCCUAAUAGCUCGUUUUGAGUAAAUCAAGAACAGAAAGAUUUUUUUUUUUGCAUAUCCAAUGGAUUUUGCAUCAGUUUUUCAUUCAUUUUGUGCACACUUGAUGGAAUUCCAGGAUAUCAGUUUCACACAAAAUGGGCUCAUGUCUAAGCAAUGAUAUCCCAUGUUUAAUUUGAUUUGGUCAAGCGAUGGACACAAGUUGUUCUGAUUGUCAUAUAUUCAUUUGUUUUUACUGGUUAUUGUUUAAAGCAAGGAUAAACCUAAAAUGCCUCAAUUGCAUACUGGCAGUUUCAUAAAAGAAUAAACAUUAUGACACCUAGAGAGAUCCUUGUAAUUUGAUUGGUUGUUUGAUAUCGAUCAUUCAACCCAUUUUAUGAUGACGUCAUUAUCCGAGCAAAUAUGGAUCCGUUGAUCGUUCAGUUCUACAUGUAGAUCCAUACAAUCUUGUCCAUUGCACGCAUGCGCUAAGACCGCAGGCACCACAAGUAAAAACGCUCGUUUGCAGCGCACGUGUUGUAUAUGCGCAACAAUCAACAGACCAAGCUCACACUGCAUUUGCAUAUUUUGCAUCAAAAUUCAUAAAUUUCAAAUGAAAAAGGAGCUGUUUUUAGGUGUCGUAUAAACCAAAUAAUGAAUGUUUUCAUUUGUGCAUUGGACAGAAUACUUCAUUUGGUGAAAGAUGAGAUGAAUGAUCCAUUCAACUCGCUAUGCCUCAUUGAAUGGAUCAUUUCAUCUUUAACUACAUAAAUAUAUAAUUAUUCUGUUAGGCCAUAAUAGAGUUAGGCCACCAUCCGGGGAUAUCUUACAAGGAUUUGAGUGUGAGUCAGUCAUGUUUGUCAUAAGUGCCGAUGCACCUGGGGCGGAUCAAGGAUUUUCCAAAAGGGGGGCACACUUUCCCAAGUAAAAAAAAGGGGCCUCACUUGUGUAUGAACCGCACAUUCCCGUUAAAAGUAUUUGUUGUGACUCUUAAAAGGGGGGAGGGUUUCCACUCGAAGGACAUAUUUACAUUAGAAAUAUAAACUGUGACUCUCAAAGGGGGGGGGGGGGCACAGGACGGAAAUGCCCCCCAUCCCCCCUGGAUCCGCUUCUGCAAUGCACUCAUAAUAUUAUCACAUAAGCCAGUUCACGGUUAGCUCAUGAUCAACUUUCCUCAAAUGACCUUUGAGAUUUUCCAUUAGGAUGAGCACUUACUUUUUCAAAUGAAGAUAUUGCGUAAGCUUUCCUAGCAAAGCAUUCAAAUUCUAAGAACGAAAGGCAUCGGGGGCCACUUCCAUUGACGAGUGGAUACCAUGCGCGACCAUGGGGUCUCGAAAAGCACCCUAAACACGUACUUUCCAUCUUUUAAAAAUGCACCCCUUAACAAGUAUUGGCGUGUGAAACCCUACCCUUAAGUAUUGGAAGCAAAAAGAUACCCUUGGCAAGUAUUUGAACUCCAAAACAAGUACAGCAAUAUUUUAAUUGUUAUAUGUCACAUCGGUUGUCGGUUUUACCUUCAUCAUUGGGUUUAGUACGGCCCCACCUCCCGCAAAUCGGACUCUAAACACGUAGUGUUGACUGUUGGGGCAAAAAGUACAUCCUUUAUAAAACAUUUUUUUCUUGUAUACCCUUGCAUAUUUUACCCUUAACACGUAGCUUUCCGAGCGAAAUAGAUACCCUUUUUUCAUUGUUUUAGUGUUUUUGACACCCUUAUUACGUUACAUAGGUAACAUGCCCUAUCUUGAAAAAGACAUCAUUUUUUGUGUUUUUUGGUCGUGCAUGGUAUCCACUCGUCAAUGCAAGUGGUCCCCCCGGGUCCAAUGACUGGACACUAAAAAGGGUAUCAGUACAUCAGGCUGAAAAUAAUACGAUUUGAACAGAUAAUGUAAAAUCGGACAAAGAAAGCGCUAGAAACUUCAUCAAAAUGGGACAAGGAAUAACAAAGCUAUGACAUUCUAAAUUCUGCAGAACUUUUCUAUGCAUGUCUCUAUGAAUAUGCAAUGAGUAAGGACGUGUCCAAUGGGAAUGAAAAAAAAAAUAGAUGACGCCUGAUUUAUUUGUACUAUAAGAUAAUCAUUGCUCUAACUUUUUAUAUAACAGGGGAGACAUAUCACAUACACAUGUAUGAAAAUACGAAAUGAUUAUGACUUCAUAUAAAAACAAAAAGCAUUAAGUGGGGAUAUGGCAUCAUCAGCCCACCUAUUGCAUAUUCUUGACGACAUGCACAUAAUCGUUUUCACAAACUAUUACGAAACUUUGAAAUUCAAUUACUUUGAUAUUUGUUGAGAGAUUUUGAUGAAAUUUUCAGCAUUUUGCUCAGUGAAUUGUACUCUAUUAUUUUUAGAUAUAAUUAUCCUCAGCCUGUUGUACCCCCUUUAAAUCUGAAACACCCCCAAGAUGCUUUUAUAUAUUGCUUCAUUUGAAGAGCUGCUAGUGU